GAAAUAUGAACGAUUCAAAUUUUUUAUUUUAAUUUAAAAAUGAAUAUAAACAGAUGUUUUAGAAAAUAUACCAAGCUAUUUAACCAAGGCAAGAUUAAUACUGCGUUAAAUAGAUUAGAUUAUUCGACUGAAAAACAUGGUAUAAUACUGGGAAUUGAGACUUCUUGUGAUGAUACUGGAUGUGCAAUUGUUGAUACGAAUGGAAAUAUAUUAGGGGAAGCUUUAAAUUCUCAGCAUUUAAUACAUUUAAACAAUGGAGGUAUUAUUCCACCAAUUGCUCAAGAUUUACACAGACAAAACAUAGAAAAUGUUGUUAAUGAGGCAUAUAGACAAUCUGGAGUAAGUUUUAAAGACAUAGAUGCUAUUGCCACUACCAUAAAACCAGGUUUACCAAUGUCACUACAUAUUGGUACAAAAUAUGGUAAACAUUUAUGCAGACUACAUAACAAACCAUUUAUGCCUAUCCACCACAUGGAAGCACAUGCUUUAACCGCAAGAAUGCAUGACAAAUCAAUAGAAUUUCCAUUUAUGGUUUUGCUAAUAAGUGGAGGACACUGCCUGGUAGCAGUUGCAAAAGAUGUAGAUGAAUUUUUACUUCUAGGUGAAAGUAUUGAUGAUGCACCAGGUGAAGCCUAUGACAAAAUGGCUCGACGAAUGAAGCUUAAAAAUCUUCCUGAAUAUUCAACAAUGUCAGGUGGGCAGGCAAUUGAAACAGCAGCCAGGAAAUCUGAUAAUCCAUUGGGAUUUAAGUUUACCACACCAAUGUUGUUUUAUAAGGAUUGUAAUUUUAGUAUGGCUGGUAUUAAGAAUCAAGUUUUCAGGCAUUUGGUUAGAGAAGAGAAAGAAAACAAUGUUACUGCUGAUGGUGUUAUUCCCAAGGUGAAUAAUUUAUGUGCAGCUUUUCAGUUGUGUGUUACAAGACAUUUAUGUCAUAGACUUCAAAGAGGAAUGGAAUAUGCAGAGGAGAAAGGGUAUAUUCCACAGGAAAAUAAGACUUUGGUUGUUUCUGGGGGUGCAGCUUGUAACAAUUUCAUAGCAGAAGGCGUCCAAAUGGUUUGUGAUACUCUUGGCUACAAAUUUGUAAGGCCUCCACCAAAAUUAUGCACUGAUAAUGGAGUAAUGAUUGCUUGGAAUGGUAUAGAAAGAUGGAAAAGAAAUAUAGGAAUCUACAAAGACUUUGAACACAUAGAAAUAGAAAAAUCAUCACCGCUGGGUAAAAGACUUAUAGAAGAUGUGGCCAAUGAAAAUCUGAGCUGCAAUUGGGUAAAAUUAAGUAGAUUAAAUAAACCGCAGAGUACCUGGUAUCCCCUUAAGAGAGCUGUUGAAAAUUAGUUAAGAAAUAGAUUUUAUUUGUUAAAAACAUUUUAUUAAAGUAUUUUAUACAAGAAC